AUGCAGCAAAUGCAACACCUCUUCACGCAGCAGCAGCAGCAGCAGCAGCAGCAGCAGCACUACCCGAGCGAGUGGUCGCAGGGUCACCACCAGCACCCCAACCACCAUGUAGCUCAGCACGGCCAGCUCCAGGCGCAGGCACAGGCGGCGCAGGCGCAGGCGCAAGCUCAAGCACAGGCCGCCGCCGCCGCCGCAGCCGCAGCGCAGGCCCAGCAGCAGCACUACCAACGGAUCGCAGGCAACAACGGAAACGCCGUCUCUGGUAACGGCAUUGUGCCCCGCGGCCCCGCCAACGACAUGCAGGCCAACACGGAGAUCGGCAUGACGGAGGAGAACAGACGCGUGCUCGACUGGAUCGCGCAGCUCAUGAAGCCAGCCACGCGCGAAUCAGCCCUGCUCGAGCUGAGCAAGAAGCGCGAGCAGGUACCCGAGCUGGCCCUGAUACUCUGGCAUUCCUUCGGCGUCAUGGCCUCCCUCCUGCAGGAGAUCAUCUCCGUCUACCCUCUGCUCAACCCUUCCCAGCUGACUGCCGCCGCCUCGAACCGCGUAUGCAACGCGCUCGCGCUCCUCCAAUGCGUGGCUUCUCACACCGAGACCCGUGGCCUCUUCCUGAGCGCACACAUCCCUCUCUUCCUGUACCCAUUCCUGAACACCACGUCCAAAUCGCGCCCGUUCGAGUACCUCCGUUUGACGUCGCUCGGCGUGAUCGGCGCCCUCGUUAAGAACGACUCUUCCGAAGUCAUCAACUUCCUCCUGACGACCGAGAUCAUCCCCCUUUGCCUCCGCAUCAUGGAGACAGGCUCGGAGCUGAGCAAGACUGUCGCCAUCUUCAUUGUUCAGAAGAUCCUGCUCGACGACAUCGGUCUCGCGUACAUUUGCCAGACGUACGAGCGCUUCUACGCAGUCGGCACUGUGCUUAGCAACAUGGUCAACCAACUCGUCGAGCAGCAGACAGUCCGUCUCCUCAAGCACGUUGUCCGUUGUUUCUUACGUCUGAGCGACAACGCUCGUGCUCGCGAGGCUCUACGCCAAUGUCUCCCCGAGCCCCUCCGGGACGCGACGUUCUCGUCGGUCCUCCGUGACGAUGCGGCUACCAAACGCUGUCUCGCGCAACUGCUGAUCAACCUCUCUGACAACGUGGUGGACGCCGCCAACAACCAGCAGCUCUUGCACUAG